AUGACCACGCGCGCGGGGCGCGAGGAGUGCAUGACGGCGGCGGCACGCCUCUUGCCCGGUGACGUGCUGGUGCUGCCUCCCGAUGGCUGUGUCAUACCCUGCGAUGCCAUGCUGCUCACUGGCACCUGCAUCGUCAACGAGAGCAUGCUCACAGGCGAAAGUGUGCCAGUGAUGAAAGGACCACCUUGCGUCUCUCCCGAAGUAUAUUCGACGGAGACCCACAAAAGGCAUACAUUAUUUGCAGGAACACAUGUCAUACAAACAAGAUUUUAUGGUAAUAAUCAGGUGCUUGCGAAGGUUGUGCGCACAGGCUUCUACACUGCAAAGGGUGAACUUAUCAAGAGUAUUUUGUUCCCAAAACGAUUUGUUUUUGAGUUCUACAAGGAUGCGGUCAAAUUCGUCAUAUUCAUGUUCUGCAUUGCUGCUAUGGGAAUGGCAUACUCGGUGUGGCUGUACAUUUUGCGAGGAAGCUCACCUGGUACAAUAGUGCUGCGUACACUUGACAUCAUAACGAUCGUGGUGCCGCCCGCGCUGCCGGCCGCGAUGACCGCCGGCAUCGUGUACAGUCAGCAGCGGCUGCGCAGGAACAAGAUAUUCUGCGUCUCGCCGCCGCGCAUCAUCAUCUGCGGCAAGCUGCAGGUUAUGUGCUUCGAUAAGACGGGUACUCUUACAGAAGACGGCUUGGACCUCUAUGCCGUGAUACCUUCAUAUAUCGGCGAAAAGUUCGGUCGAUGUGUAGUAGAAAUAGCGGCGCUGUCUGUAUCGAGUCCACUAGUGCAAGCGCUCGCUUCUUGCCAUUCGCUUACGAGCAUACAAGGACAGUUGAAAGGCGAUCCAUUGGACUUGAAAAUGUUUGAAUUCACUCAAUGGAUCCUCGAGGAACCUGGUCCAGAAAACACACGUUAUGACAACCUCACACCAGCCAUAGUAAAGCCGUCUACAGCACACAGUGAAAAUCUACAGAACUUGGAUAAUUAUGAUUCUCUUACUAUGGAAAUGCCCUAUGAGAUUGGUUUGCUGCGUAGAUUCCAUUUCUCUUCAUCACAGCAAUCAAUGGGUGUUAUUGCAAGGGUACUUGGGCAGCCACAGAUGGUCUAUUUCGUUAAAGGAGCACCGGAAAAGGUUGCGGGCAUGUGUGAUCCGGCAACACUUCCAGAAAACUUCAGCACAGUCCUCCACGAAUACACUUCAAAUGGUUUCCGUGUGAUCGGCCUCGCACAUAAGAAGCUCGAUCGUAAAAUGAAAUGGGUUGACGCACAGAGGAUCAAAAGAGAGAGCCUUGAAUGCGACAUGGUGUUUUUGGGUUUUCUAGUCAUGCAAAAUAGCCUCAAACCUGAAACUUCACAAGUAAUCAAGGAGCUCCAUGAUGCUCACAUGAGACAGAUCAUGGUGACAGGAGACAACAUAAUGACCGCUAUGUCGGUGGCGAGAGGAUGCAAUAUGGUGCAACCACAUCAGAAACUUGUAUUGGUUACUGUUGGCCAGCAGCAAACGAACGACUCUCGACCGCCACUCAGCAUGGAGGUCGUUGGUGAGGGAGGCCCACCAUUACUGUCAAUGGAUGCAUAUGUUUUGGCUUUAGAAGGUAAAACGUGGGCUGUCAUACGGACACACUAUCCUGAAAUGAUGCCAACAGUCUUAAGCAAAGGUAUGAUAUUCGGUCGAUUUGGACCAGACCAGAAGACUCAGCUCAUCACUGCUUUGCAAGGCGAAGGCUUAAUUGUAGGAAUGUGUGGCGAUGGAGCUAACGAUUGUGGGGCAUUAAAGGCUGCUCAUGUUGGCAUUUCACUUUCUGAAGCAGACGCAUCAGUGGCAGCUCCGUUCACCUCUCAAGAGCAGAAUAUAAGAUGCGUGAAACUCCUUGCCUUAGAAGGGCGAUGCGCUCUUAGUACUUCCUUUGCAAUCUUCAAAUAUAUGGCUCUGUACUCGCUCAUUCAGUUCUUCUCUAUUCUUAUCCUUUAUAAUUACUACUCGAUCCUGGGGAACAACCAGUUCCUGUACAUCGACCUGGUGCUGACGACGCUGCUGGCGCUGUCGCUGGGGCGCGCGGCGCCGGGCCCGCGGCUCACGCGGCGCUCGCCGCCCGUGUCGCUGGUGGCGGCGCCCAGCCUGCUGCCGCUCACGGCGCAGGUCGCGCUCGUGCUGGCGCUGCAGCUCGCCGCCGUCUACUUGCUGCACUCGCAGCCCUGGCAUGUCUCAGUGGAAGGGGGACCUGACGUGGAACAAGUGCUUUGCUGGGAAAACACAGUCAUAUUUAUCAUUUCUUCAUUCCAAUAUUUGAUAAUGGCGUGCGUGUAUGCUAAGGGUUGGCCAUACCGUCAGCCUUUCUGUGCCAAUUAUUAUAUGGUAAUAACACUAGUAACACAAUCUAUAUUUGUGAUUGUACUCAUACUGGCCCCAUGGACAUGGUUAGCGAAUCUAAUGGAGGUUGAAGUCAUGAAUGUGGCAGAGACAGAACAGAACAUUUUCCGCAUUUAUUUACUGAUCAUACCAAUACUUCAUUUGUUACUGGCUAUUGCUAUUGAGGCAACCCUGUCAGAAGCGGAACGGUUCAGUUCAUUCUUCCGUCUGAUUCGACGAAGAUGUUCUGACAAGGAGGAAGUGGCGGCCGACGCCUCAUGCCCUCUUUGGGUUCCACACUCACCGGCUCACGUAUGCUGA